AUGGGGAUAGAUUUUGCAAUGUUGCAAGAUGUGGACACGCCUGAGCCGGACGAAAAAUCUAUCAUAACUUAUGUUUCGUGUCUGUAUGACGCCUUUCCGGAGCCUCCUUCUAUUCAUCCUCUUGCGAUUGCCGAUGCUAACCGACGAUUGGAAGAAUACAAAGAGUUCGCCAGGCGACUCUAUGUGUGGAUCCAAGAGAGUCUCACCGCGUUGCAAAAUAAGAAGGUUCCCUCUACCUUGGAAGAGUUGAAGAACGCUUUGGCUGAGACCAGUCGAUUCAGAAACGAGCAAAUUCCCCCGCGGCUGAAGGACAAGCAUACAUGUGGGCAUCUUUGGCGCGAAAUCGAGAAACUAAUCGGCGACAUGAGCCGCGUGGGCAUUGACGAGGACAUUCGCAUAAGCAACAUCGAACGAAUGUGGACGAAGUUGAUCAACGCACUGAAUGAUCGCGAGAAAUGGUUGACGGAUGAAGUUGGACAGUCAGACAAACUGCACCGUCUAGCGGAGAAAAUUCUGCGCGAAUGUCGCCAGGCUGAGUCCAAACUUGACGAGAUUGAAGAAAGACUUGAGGAAGAAAUUCGGCGUGCCGAUCGUCUUCACCCUGAUGACUUGAAGGCAAAUUGCCGUCAAAUUGAAAGUGAACUUGAACACAGUCAUGAAAUGAUUCAGUCAAUGCUGAAAGACUGCCAAAAACUGCGUGAUGGGCGCUAUCCGCAAGCUGGAGACGUGCAAAGAAAGGUUCAGAAAGUAUCUGAACGUUGGGCUAGCAUUCGGGUGACAUUCCACGAGCUUGUCAACAGCCCGAGAAUGACGCAACCGAUACAAGAAGAGCCAGCCCCGUUGUCACUGGAUGAGCUCAUCGCGACCAAUGAGCACUUUCAUUUCUUGAACGAUUGCCUUGUCUGGGUCAAACAGAAGCUGGAGGAGAUGGAGAACGCGGAAUACGGUAGCGACCUCCCAGGAGUCAAGCGAGAACUUGAGAAGCACCGUACUGAGCAUCGGAAAGUCGAUCAGUUCCAGGCAAAGAUAGAACGUUGUACUUCUGCAAAGCAUAACUUCCGAGGAGAGGAAGCCUCUCUGUAUUCCCAGCUGCUCAUACAAGUAACGCGAAACUACUCCGAAUUGCUGGUCACCUCGAAUAAGAGAAUGUCCGACUUGGAAAGCCUUCAAGAUUUCAUUCAGUCAGCUACAACUGAACUCAUAUGGCUCAACGAAAAAGAAGAAGCGGAAAUUAGACGUGAUUGGGGAGCGAGGAACCUUGACUUGGUUGAAAUAGAACAAUAUUACGAGAACCUUAUGGGCGAAUUAGAGAAACGCGAGGUGAAAGUAAACGCAGUGCAAAGUCGUGGGGAGAGUCUUGUACUUGCCGGUCACCCUGCUGCGACAACUUUGCAAGCCUAUCUGACCGCAUUGCGAACACAGUGGAGCUGGGUGUUGCAAUUGACUCUCUGCUUGGAGUUCCACCUGCAUCAUGCGUCUGCCUACCAUCGGUUCUUCCUGGAAGCCAACGAUUGUCAGCAAUGGAUUGCUCAACAAGACGAGGAGCUUACCACAACUUUUAGCAAGAGUGAUUUCACGCUUGAAGAAGGCGAGCAAUUGAUGAAAAAGAUGCAGGAUCUUCGUGAUAAUUUGAGCCAUAAUGGCGAAGUCGUGGAAGCCCUUGUAAACCGUAGCAAAGAAAUCCUCCCGCUGAAAUUGCGAAAGGAACGCCUGUCGAGGCCGAUGAGUGUUACGGCGAUUUGCCAAUGCAAAACCAAUAACUUGAGUAUCCAAAAGCAAGAAGAAUGCGUCGUGCGCGAAAAUUCCAACAUCGCGAAGUGGCGCGUCACGAAUUCUUCGGGCGCUGAAGGUGAAGUUCCAAGCGUUUGCUUCCUAGUUCCUCCUCCGAAUCAAGAAGCCAUCGACGUUGCCCUUCGCUUGCAGCAAGCCUAUGAUCGCUGCAUUGCGACGUGGCAGAAGAAGCAGCACCGCAUGAGACAGAACAUGAUUUUUGCCACAAUCAAGGUCGUACUUGCUUGGACAUUUGAACAGGUACUGUGGUACAGUAUAUAUGAACGAGACGCGAGAAUAUAUUACACGCCUUGUUCCCUUGAUGUUUCCUAG